GUGGCAUGGCCUUCCAGGGCUGUGACUGCCUCGGCCUUUUGGUCUGGCUCUUGCUGCUUCAGACGCGAUUGAGCAAAGCUCGUAUGGUUCCAGGGACGCCGUCUCUUUCUCCUCUCCCCUCAGAGGAUGGCCUAGAUGACUCGGGUGUAAACCCACAAGAGAGGCCACUCACAGGGAUGCCUGAGACCUCGCUGCCCCUCAAGCCUGGGGACAGCAUGAGGCCCCUUAAUUCGAUGGCAUUUACUCCAGAUCAAUCUUUUUCAACCAUGAGUCUGUCAAGGCAACCAUUUCCAACAUGGGUUCCACCCACUUCAGCUUGUGGCCACAGAACUGCAAGGAUAGUUGGUGGAAGGCCUGCGCCGGCGAGGAAGUGGCCGUGGCAGGUGAGCCUGCAGGCCCACAAGCAGCACAUCUGUGGUGGCUCCCUCAUCAGCAAAUGCCAUCUGGAUUAUGUAGUGUCCAUGGGAGAAGCUGACUUGUGGUCCAGAACGCCAGUCAGGAUCCCAGUCCAGGACAUCAUCGUUCACCAGGAUUUCUCCACGAUGAGAACAAUUGUUCAUGACAUCGCCCUUGUUCUGCUGGCCUUCCCAGUGAAUUACAGCGUCAACAUCCAGCCUGUGUGCAUCCCUGAAAAGUCUUUCUUGGUACAACCUGGGACGCUAUGCUGGGUGACCGGAUGGGGCAAAGUACUUGAACAAGGUAGGUCGUCGAGAAUGCUGCAGGAGGUGGAGCUGAAUAUUAUUCGUCAUGAGGAAUGUAACCAGAUUCUCAAGGACAUCAUGGGAAAAAUCUUUACCCAGGUCCAGGAAGGGGGUGUCUGUGGCUAUAAUGAGAAUGGAGGAGAUGCCUGCCAGGGAGAUUCUGGGGGCCCCAUGGUCUGCGAAUUUAAUAAAACGUGGGUGCAGGUAGGGAUCGUGAGCUGGGGUUUUGGCUGCGGCCGAAUUGGAUUCCCUGGAAUUUAUACAGAAGUGGCAUCUCCCAGUGAUACUACACUUCUCCCCAACCACCGCACUCAUUGCCCUCAAGACUGCUUCCAGGAACCACGCUUGGCAAAAAUGGAAUAAUACGAGUUUCGGGAAGAGUUUGAGGGGUCCACCACUGCUGGUAGCAUAGCACCCCAAAUUUAACGGCCUCACGCCGUGCCGAGCUCUUCCUUGCCCAACAUUUCAUGGUGGAAACUCAGAGCAAUGAAGCAUCUG